AUGUCCGACCCCGAAGACAAGCUCGAGGAAUCAUCGAAGGUACACAUCGGUCGCGCCUGCGAUAAUUGUCGCUCGCGCAAGAUUCGUUGCGACCGAGCGACCCCGUGUGCAAAUUGUGUUGCCACUAGCAUACACUGCAGGAUCACCAAAGACAGACCUCAAAUUCCAAGGCAGAGGGUGUUGAUAUGUGGGCAAUAUGAGCGCAAAAUUGAUGCAAUGGAAGAGCGUCUGCAAAGCGUCGAAACCUUGUUGGCGGAGACCAACAGCAUGUUGCGUACUCUGCUGAACAGGGAUCAUCCAGUAGCGCUUUCACCAACGCUCCGCUCAGGCUCUCGGGACAUCAAUGCCGGUAUUGCCUUCGAUAUGGGCAUUGACAGGAAUGCUGGUAGCAUGGUCGAUGGCGAGACAUCCCUCAUGGCUCAUUCGAGAAAAGCUCGUCGUGUCAUCGAGCACCUGCUGCAAUCGACACCCUCAAUGUCUAGUGACCCUGAAGUGAUCGAUGCUCUCAAAGCAUUGCAUACUGCUAUGCAGGGUCCUUCGGAGACAGGCACUUGUCUCCUGCGGCCCGUACCGAGCGGGCGACACCAAGAGUAUUCUCGAGAGACUCUGCCGCCCCAGGAAGCCGUUCUGAACAUUCUUCGGGGUGCGCAGGCUGCAGACUGUCUAUUCUUCUCCAUCUGGCUGCCUUUCUUUACGGCAGCGGAGUUCGAGCGACUUUGCAACCAAUUGUACUCCGACUUUGACUCAUGCUCACCGGCGAUCAAAACUAUAGUGUAUGGUGGCAUACAUUACAUGUUUGUUGAGUAUCUGUCAGCUUGCAAGAUCCCAUACGACUCUGCCUAUUGGUCGUACGCGCAAAGCUUCAAGGUCCAUUUCGAGAGCUGUUUGCGACACUACAGUGUCUUGUCCAUGAUCACGUUCGACAAUAUUCUGGCUCUGGUAUUUGGUGCUGGUCAUGCUAUUCAAGUAUCUGAGUUUGCUUCCGCCUGGCCGCUGGUGUCAGCUGCAGCAAACAUGUGUCAGGCUUUGGGCUGGCACCGGACACCAGACAGUCACUCACCCGUUCCCGGAGCUCAAAUCAUUCUGUUCUGGUUGAUAUAUCAUCUUGACAAGUGCCUCUCUUUGCGGCUUGGGAGAUCGUCCAAUAUACAAGAUUUCGAUCUGACACUUGGCUAUCCCAAAGAACCCGUUGAGACGCAAUAUCAAUCAUGGCACCUGUGGUUCACGACCCUUAUCGACAUUGCCGCCGCUCACGGCUUGAUAUAUGAGCAUCUCUUUAGCCCUGGAUCAAUGAGAUAUUCUCCAAAACAACGAUCGCAACGUGUUCUGGAGCUCGCAAUCCGUUUGGACAACAUUGCUUCAAAGAACAAUGGCAUCGUAGGCGUGACUGUGUACCGACGACAGUACAUGAUUUACCUUGUCAAGUCUAAUGCAGUAGUCAUAGGCUGUCUUCGUACCUUGGUCUAUCUAGCCGCCUCACCAUCAGGCGACAGUGCUGACUUCCAUGUCGACCCUCGAUGCUUGUUGGCUGCACGAUCGACGCUCCACUACCAUCAAGACGUUGUUGAUUUCGUACGAGACAAAGAAGACGGCAGCGCUAAUGAUUAUGCCAGCUGGACCAUUUUGAAUUGUCCCUUCACGCCAUUCAUAGUACUGUUCUGUCACGUCAUUGUUAGCUUCGGCCUGGAAGACUUGAAACUCAUGGAGGCAUUCACCACCUCUCUCCAAAGCCUCAACAUGCGGAAUGCCAGACCCAUGCUCAACUUUCGCGUACUUUGCGAGGCUUUUUUGUUACUCGCGACGCGGUACAUCCGUAUGUCCACCAAGCGACUGCAUGACCAGAACCUGUCGCUCGGUCGAAGCUUAGAUGGUGGUCAUGCGACUCCUUUAUCAUCACAUGCUCGGACCAUUCAUAAUCCCAUUAAUGAAGCCGAUGCCUCCUACAAGAACGAUAGCAGCGGUAGCUUCAAUUUCUUGCCUCCAGUUGCCUUUGAUGAUUGGCUUUCGGGAAGGCAAGAAUUUCAUAGUCUUGGGUCUCCCUUUUGA